AGUCCUGCAGCUCUCAGUUCCCGAGAGAAGAACCCCGAGGAGCAGACUGUCCCCGGCGGCCCUGGCACCUGCGCCCGGACAUGCUGCUGCUGCUGGCCCUGCUCUGGGGGUCGGCGGGGGUGGAGGGACGGGGAAGGGACAGGGGAAGUUACAGGCUGCAAGUGCAGAGUGUGGUGAUGGUGCAGGAGGGCCUGUGUGUCCAUGUGCCCUGCUCCUUCUCCUACCCCCGGGAUGGCUGGAAUGACACUGACCCAGUUCACGGCUACUGGUUCAGGGAAGGUGCCAAUCCACACCAUGGUGCUCUCGUGGCCAGAAACAACCCAGGUAGGAACGUGCAGGAGGAGACCCAGGGCCAAUUCCUCCUCCUCGGGGAUCCCAGGAGGAACAACUGCUCCCUGAGCAUCAGAGAUGCCACAAAGAGGGACCAGGGCUCAUACUUUUUUCGGGUGGAGCGAGGAAGGUUGAAAUGGAGCUAUGUAGAAAACAAGCUCUUUGUACAUGUGACAGCCCUGACCCACACGCCCGACAUCCUCCUCCCGGGGACCCUGGAGUGCGGCCGCCCCAGCACCCUGACCUGCUCUGUGCCCUGGGCCUGUGAGCAGAGGACGCACCCCAGGAUCUCCUGGGAGGGGGCUUCCGUGGCUCCCCAGGACCCCACCAUCCGCCACUCCUCCGUGCUCACCCUCGUCCCUCAGCCCCAGGACCACGGCAGCAGCCUCACCUGCCAGGUGACCUUGCCUGGGGCUGGUGUGACCACGAAGAGGACCGUCCAUCUCAACGUGUCCUACUCUCCUCAGAACUUGACGGUGACUGUCUUCCGAGGAGACGGCUCAGCACCCACUGUCCUGGAGACAAGCUCAUCUGUGUCAGUCCUGGAGGGCCAGUCUCUGCACCUGCUCUGUGCUGUCAGCAGCAACCCCCCUGCCAGGCUGAGCUGGACCCGGGAAAGCCUGACCCUGUACCCUUCGCAGCCCUCGGGACCUCUUUCGCUGGAGCUGCCUCGAGUGCACCUCAGGGAUGAAGGAGAAUUCACCUGCCGAGCUCAGAACCCUCUGGGCUCCCAGCACGUCUCCCUGAGCCUCUCCCUGCAGAUGCGGCCUGUCUCAGGGGUGACGCUGGGGGCUGUCUGGGGAGCUGGAGCCACAGUCCUGGUCUUCCUGUCCUUGUGCGUCAUCUUCAUCGUCGUGAGGUCCCGCAGGAGGAAGGCGGCAAGAGCAGCAGCGGGCGUGGGGGACCCGGAUGUGCAGGAGGCAGACGCUGUCAGGGUCCCAGGCUCUCGGGAGUCCCUGACUGGACCCCAGGCAGGUGACAGCCCCCCCGACCAGGCUCCCCGAGCUGUGGCCGCCCCCUCCUCAGGGCAGGAACAAGAGGUGCAGUAUGCAUCUGUCAGCUUCCAGAAGAGGAAGGCUCAGGACACUGCAGGACAGGAGGCCACAGGCAGAGAGUACUCAGAGAUCAAGAUCCGCCAGUGAGAAACUGUGGAGACUGGGCCCUGGUGGGGGGAUCCCGCCCCUCCAGCAAAGGGGACGCCAGAGGCUCAUUCCUGCAGAGUCCAAGCCCUCCACAGCCCCACACUGUGCAGCAGAACCCCAGUACUUCUUCCUCCUGUGAAACUGAAACCUUGUGCCCACUGACCCCUGUCUUCCCUUUCUGUGUCCUGCUCGGCCCUGUCUCCCAGCUUCUCAUACCCACUAUUCCACUUUCUGCUUCUGUGAGUUAGACUGUUAUAGACUCCACAUGUAAGUGUGAA